AUGGAUCCCUCCUGUUGCCACCAUGCUGCCGAAUUCUCACCUUGCAGAGAAGCUUGUGGCCAGCUCACCACUAUAAAGAGUGAGUCACGUCUGAAGCAUCUCCUGCAGAGGUUACCUGGUUACUGUCCAGAGUCUAUGAAUGAACUUUGGAUGUGCAUCAAUUCUACACUUCCAGGAGUAUCGAGGAAAUCAGAAGGCUGGGUGGGGCUGGGCUGCUGUGAACUGGCCAUCACGACCGAGUGUCGCAAGGAAUGCAAACAGGCAUCUUCAAAAAAUGAUAUAACAAAAGUAUGCAAGAAAACCACAGAGAACUCGCUCUACAGCUGCAUCACCAAAAAUGAAAUGGGCUCUACAUGCUGCAGCUAUGCAGGUCGUCACACCACCUGCAGAGAGUACUGCCAGGCCAUCUUCAGGACCGACUCGACCCCCACCGUGUCCCAGAUCAGCGCUGUCAAAGACUACUGUCAGACUCACAGUGCUCAGCUGAUUCACUGUGUCAACAACUUCACAAAGUCCUACCCCAUACACAGCCCUGUGGACAGUCUGUACUGCUGCGACAGGGCAGCUACCCACUGCCAGAUGGCUUGCCGACAAAUCCUUCGCACUAUGAGCACAGAGCAUGAGAUUAUGGAGGGUUUGAUCAAAGAGUGCGGCUCCCAGCCGCUCCCUCAGGAGCCUAUGUGGCAGUGCUUUCUGAGCAGUGUCCAGACUCCUUCCAUAACUGAAGAGGAUAACCUUCCUGCCAAGAUGGACUGUGCCAAGCUGCACUGCUGCUCCAAAGCCAACACCUCACUCUGCAGGGACAUGUGUCUGGAGAUCAGCUCCAACUGGGGCAGCCAGACAUGGCAAGACUUUGACCAGCUCUGUGAGUACAACCCAGUGGAAACAGAGCUCAUCAACUGCCUGGCUGACGUCAGAGAGCCCUGCCAGCUGGGCUGCAAGGACCUCACUUACUGCACCAACUUCAAUAACAGGUGUGACAUUGUAGAUAAACGUGUGGAUCCCCAGAUCUGA